UAUCCCCCCUCCUGCCCUGAUCCUCCUAUCUCUUCUCUCCGUCCUCACCUCAAUCCCAAUCCAACAUGAAGUACUCCCUUGCUCUCCCCCUCUCUCUUGCCGGACUCGCGGCCUCUGCUGCCGCGACGGUCGCGAACGUCACCCUCGAGGUCGUCUCCUCUGACUCCACCAUCGACGGUCAGUUCUUGUCCUCCAUCCACGAGGGUGCUGGCAUCAACUACGUCUUCCUCGGCCCCUCCGGCGAGACCUACUCCUACGACUCCAGCGCCAACACCUUCGGUGGCGUCUCCUUCGCCGGCCUUACCUCCUACUUCCAGGUCAACGAUGAGGACCUCGUCACCGUCUCCAUCCUCGGCGGUUACACCGACUUUGACAUUGUCGACGGAAACACCCUCGCCGUCAACGGCUCCUCCUCCGGCUUCUACGCUUGCAAGAACACCGGUGACCCCUACUCCUACUCUACUUCAGAGUACCAGGCUCUGUACUACACCAGCGGUGCUCCUUCAGACUGCAUUCCCUUCACCAUCGAGUUCGUCCUUGACGGAGCUUCUGCCACCACCUCCAACACCACCACCGCCAACGCGACCUCUACUUCCGCCCCCGUCGCUACCUUCACCGGUGGUGCUGGCAUGCUCAAGGCCAGCGCUGCUUUGACCGUCGGUCUUGCUGGCGCUGCUUUGGCUUUCGUUCUCUAAAUUUGAGCAAUAUCCUAUCAAGCUCGUUGUUCUUUCUUCAUUGAUAUCCUAUGUUCAUAUGGUUGUACCAGCUACGUUGUAAUUUUUAAUGUAAUUUGAAACGACAAUCAGAUUCAUCAACCUUAAU